AUGUCAUUUUUAUAUUCUUUUUUACAAAAAAAAAAUAAGUUUUCGCAAGGUGCAGGCACACUAUUUAAUAUUGCCGAGUUUCGUACGGUUUAAAACAAGUCGUGGCCGCCUUGCAAUGUUGGUGUUCAGGCGCCAUAACCUCGGUGCCUCUCCCGCUCGUAUCACGUAACGUCGAUAUGUCUCGAUGGUGAGAAACGAAAUGGUGCUGAGUACAGAGUGGGCGCAGGUGGAAGUUGUAGAGCUGACGAACGAUGGCAACGGUCUGGGGUUCAACCUAGUGGGCGGUCGGAGUACGGGCGUCGUGAUCAAAUACGUCCUGCCUGGCGGGACUGCCGAUAAGGAUGGUCGGCUGCAAAGCGGAGACCACGUCCUUCAGAUUGGUUCAGUGAAUUUGCGCGGGUUUACGUCUGAACAAGUCGCUGCAGUAUUGAGACAGGCGGGCCCCGCUGUGAGGCUUCUUGUCGCUCGUCCAGCGGAUCCGGCAGCCGCUCUGCGCGCGCCUUUACCUGGCACCGCACUAGUGCCUACUAAAAUCCUCUUAGAUCCAGAAUUACUCGAUCGUCACCUGAUCGAAGCUGGCUAUGGUGCUGUUUAUGACAUAUCUCAGUGCUAUAGUGAAUACUUGAAUGGUCAGAACGGGGAUUCGGAAAACGUCGUUGCUGCAGCUGUGAGCAUAGUUGGUGAUAACCCACAGGAGAUACCUGACCACCCUAUAGUGUCUGAGAAUCUCUCACCUACAAUCACUAUUACAGUACCAGUUGAGCUACCUCCCCCUCCGGAGGUUGAAAUUGUGCACGUAGAUUUGAAUAAAAAUGUGUACGGACUAGGAAUUACAGUUGCAGGUUAUGUUUGUGAGAAAGAAGAGUUGUCUGGAAUAUUUGUAAAAAGUAUUAUUUAUGGUAGCAGCGCCGAUCAGAGCGGAAAGAUUCGAAUUAAUGAUAGAAUCAUUGAAGUUGAUGGUGUGUCACUAGCAGAGAAAAGCAAUCCUCAGGCUGUGGAAAUUCUACGGAACACAGGUAUAUCAGUUCAUUUAGUGUUAGAGAGAUAUUUGAGAGGGCCCAAGUAUGAACAUCUGCAGUUAGCAAUAUUUAAUGAAGAAAAGCCCGCUUCUCCUGCCUCUUCAACUACAACCCUCUCCUGGUUCCCGGUGCCUUCCCAAAUAGAGAACAGUACUACAGAGAUUGAACCGGAGCCAGAAUCCAACACAACAAUUGACUCUAGUGUUCCUGAAGUGGGUGAAGUAGAGCCAGAGCCUACACAAGAAGAAUUGGACAAGAGAUUUGACGAAAUUUUAGCAGUCAGUGAAGAGGAAAUAAAAGACAAGUGGUCUUCAGAGAUAGGAACAGAGAAAGAGAUUAUUGUUGCUGAAGUGAGAAAACUUGAGGGAUUAGGUAUAAGUCUAGAAGGCACUGUUGAUGUGGAAGGAGGUCAAGAAGUCAGACCUCAUCAUUAUAUAAGAUCAGUUCUGCCAGAUGGCCCGGUAGGACAACAAGGCACCUUACUGGCUGGAGAUGAACUCUUAGAAGCUAAUGAAUACCGCUUACACGGUCUGACGCAUACAGAAGUUGUAAAUAUACUGAAGCAUCUUCCAAAUCGAGUAAGAUUAGUCUGCGCUAGAAGUACUGAGAGUGGCCCUCGACCCGUUAUUAACCUAGCUCCUGACCGUGAGGGCUUCGAAGCUAGAAAAAUAAUAUCUGGAAGCCUUAACAACCUGACUACACUUGUAAAAGCUCAAUCUGAUACUUCCAUCAACACAUCCAGCACAGCCACUUUGACUAAUCAUUCUGGUCAUUCAAGAAAGUCCCGUUCCUUAGAGUGUGUAUCAGGGCUGGCAAUGUGGCAAAGUAAAGAAGACAUAGUGGAGCUUGUCAAAGCCGAUCAAGGACUGGGCUUUUCUAUUUUAGAUUACCAGGACCCUGUGGACCCUCAAGGCACUGUCAUAGUCGUGAGGAGUUUAGUCCCAGGUGGAGCAGCUGAGAAGAAAGGCGAAAUCUCCCCAGGGGACAGAGUCAUGUCUGUGAAUGGAGUUAGUAUUAAAAAUGCAACUUUAGAUCAAGCUGUACAAGCGUUGAAGGGCGCCCCCCGCGGCGUAGUGAGGGUGGGAUUAGCCCGGCCGCUCCCCCCGCAUGAUUCCAAGUCAAAAAGCACCACAACCCUGAACACCAAGCCGAGUUAAUUAAGAUUAAGUCUUUGUGAUCACUGUACUAGUCAAAGUUUGAAGUCAUAUCUCUCUACGCUUACGUUGAACUUAAGGGGCAGCACAUAUCCAUGUUAGGAAGGCGGCGUGUGUCACGACCGAUUCGAUAAACAUUUUGCACAAAGUCCUGCAAAGUAUUAGUGUUCCCACUAAUUUAUAAUUCAGGAUGGAGCUCAAACUCUAUGAUACAAUAAUGAUUUACGCUUUACUAGGUUGGUAAUAACAUAUUCAUUAAUAAGAUAAUAAGGUUCACGUGCCCUUUUGUACUGCACAGAUUUUAAAACCAUAUUAUGAUGCCAGGGAUUUUAUAGUGUUAAAAUAUUAACUUAUUAUUCCUAUUUUUUCUAAUCACAUCACUAACAUGUAGAUUACUAAUAAAAAGAAUCAAAGGCAUCGUAAUUGGCAACUUAUUAGAAAAUUACGAAUGUUUCCUGCAUAAAAACGUAUUAUUCAUUAGUAUUAUGGUAAGGCAUCACAGACCUGUAGAUAUUAACCUAAGGGAUCAAUUAUAAGUGUAAUUUUUAUUGUAAAUAGAAUUGAAUCAAUUUAUCCAGGAUUUGUGAAGUGAAUUGAUUUUAUGACACAAUUUUUAUUGUAAAUAAUAACUGUCAAUUUUAAUAAUUUGCCUCUUAUUGUACUAUACCAUGUGAGAUCUAGGAUAGUGGAUGAAAAUUAAUAAAUAAUAAUCAUUAUAAAGAUUUAAUUUGAUACAAUUAUUACUGUGAGUUCAUUUUAAGUUAAAAAAAAUCAAAAUGUUAUGUAUGACUUUAUACGAUUAAAUCCAAAAUAAGUUUACUUUGUCAGUGAUCUGAUAAAAAUUAAAUUAUACAUGCUUGAUAACUUACAACGUCAUCUGCUUUAUGCACGCCUAUUUUUGCCUGAAAGUAUUUUUAUGCUUGCCAUAAUUAUACUUAUAAUCUGAAGGCAUAAUUUUCAUUAAAUGGUAAAUUAAGAAACUCAUCACAAUAAAAUAUGAUAUGCUUCGAUGUCCACAAAUACAUACACAUAGUCACUCCUUUAGUGAUCUAUAACCACACGGCACAGGUGUCAAUCAACACCUUGUGGCAGAUUUUGAAUAUUUAGAAAAUACACGGACAAUUUUAUUUUAUUCGAAUUUAUUGACAAUUCCACUAUCCUUAGCAAUCUCUGUUUAUUUGUUAAUUAAUUUGUAAGAUGUAUUAAGUGCACUGAAUAAGAUAUGAGCACAUGUGAUAUGAAUGUUAAUAAUUUGAUGUGUAGUUUAAAUUAGUUGCUAUUAUCUGCAAAUUUUACCUCGUCCAAUGAGUUGUGUUAUGGAAUAACAAAUCCUUGCGAAAUGUGAUUUAUUGCAGUUCUUGAGACUCAUGAUUUUUUGCAAUAAUAAUUAAUUUGAUGUUAUACUUACCUAAUGUCAAUAAAAUAAAAUUUAAUUUUGUAGCGACAAAUAUGUCCUUUCUUUAUAAUGCAUCUCGAAUUUUAAACAAUAUAUUUCUUGCCAGCUUGUUACUUUAAUUUUUGUAUUUAAUAAUUUAAUACUCUUAAGUAUGCUUCUUGAUAUGAUCUCUAUUUUUUAAAGGCAACAAGUAUCCGUUUUUGUUUUAUUUUUUCUUUCAAUGUUGUUAAACUUUACGAAUUAAAACUGUAUUAUUUUAAUAUUAGUUUUAAAUAUUCAGUCAAUUUUAAAUAACAUAAGUUUUACUAACAUGUUAAUGGCUUAAAAGAAGCUUCAAGUUCAAGCCGACUCUGUCUUUAUUUUUUACUUUAUAAGAUAGAGACAGUACUAUUUGGCUUGAAAUGUGGUUUAAUAUUCAGGCGAUAGUCGAUCGUUUUAGCAGUAGAAUAAUGUCGCCGGCAAAACAGGAGAGGAGGACCUUCAGUUUUUUUUUAAAUUAAAUAUUAAACUCAUUUUUAAUAAUCGUCUUUAUUUGUACUAUAACGUACGUGCAAUACUGACUAGCCACAAAAUCGUUUAGUAUGUACUAAGUAUUUUUUCUUUUUUUUAAUAAAAGUUAUGACCAGUUUUACCUAUUUACAUUUGAUACAGAUAUAGAAACUUAUAUAAAAUCCAUCUCUUCAGUGUUGUCGGGCCUUGUAGAUGGCAAAUACUAUACUUAUAACGAGACCAAGGUUUAAUGAUAGGCUCUUGACUACGUGCAUACAUAAUACGUAUUUGGGAACCUCAAUACGUUAGUUCUUUCCACCGGCUUAUUCGGUUUUUUAUUACUUAAGAUAUAACUAUCUCGAUGAUAAUACCCGCAUUAAAUAAAUAAUAACGAGACUUCGAAAGAGAUAUUUUUAUUUGUAACUGGUCGGUGGAUUGUGUUCUUAGUGUUAAAUCACAUCAACGUAACUAAAUGCCUUUUAGAGUUAACCUUUCGGUACAAAAUAUUAAUUAUAGACUGGUGUUUCACGUUCACGAUUCACCAGUGGGGCGGCGUGAGUGUCGCUGCCCAGGGCGGUGCCCUCCGCGCUACGCCGCCGCCACACGCUGCGUCUAGACUUGUAGGCAAAAUUCUAAAAACACAGCUAUUCACUGUGCUUUAUUUAAUCUAAACACAUAAGUGACUUAGAUAUGUAUACCUUAAUAGUGCAACAGUCAGAUAAUUAAAUUUAAAAACGUAUGAUUUUUAAAUUAUUCAAACGUAGUCUUUCAGAGAUGUAAAAAGCCUAAUUCAUGAUUCGAAAGAAAAGAUGUUUUAUUACAUUUUGGUACUGAACUACUGUUUUGUAAUUAAGUACAAAAGAAAAAUAUUACUCCAGGUGAAGUGUAAUUGAUCUAUACUGUGUACCAGACUGUAAGCGCGAGGAAUUUAUAUUUUUGUAAUCAAAUAGUAAAUUGAAGUUAUUUCGCUAUAUUGCAUAGUCACUUAGAAAUAAGUACGAGUUCCACCAAAUGGCAGGCUUCGUAUUGAGUCUAUCUAUAUAUUUAAAAUAUGUUACGAGGUAUUACUUCAUGUUGUCAACUGAACUAUAAUUAAAUUUACUACCGUUUCUUAAGCGCAGUGUUAAAAAACUCGAAUAGCUGUAUUAAGUGUCUAAUGUACUUAGACCUAAUGAUGUAAUCUAAGGGUUGAGAAAAUCUUGUAAAAUAC